GGCAAUCAAACUUUCUACCUGAAUCCUACUUCACAAGGCGGAGUUUGGGGGCCUGUAAUCUCUCUUUCCGCCGUACCCGCCAUCUUGUAGAGACCGGGGUUAUCAGGCAUCAUGACGAACACCAGAGGCAAGAGGAGGGGGACCAGGUACAUGUUUAGCAGGCCCUUCCGCAAACAUGGCCCAAUCCCUCUGUCCACAUACAUGCGCAUCUACAAGAAAGGAGACAUUGUAGACAUCAAGGGCACCGGUACCAUUCAGAAAGGUAUGCCUCACAAGUGCUACCACGGCAAAACAGGACGCAUCUACAAUGUGACUCAACAUGCUGUCGGCAUUAUUGUCAACAAGCACUAGGAGAGA